AUGGCGUCGGGCUUUGGCGAGCUAGUGCUGGUGGUGGGUGACAUCCACAUUCCAUCUCGGUGUUCUGAGGUUCCUGAAAAGUUUCAAAAGAUGCUGGUGCCGAAUAAAAUGCAGCAUGUUUUGUGUACAGGAAAUGCUGGUUCAAAGGAGCAACUCGACGAGCUACGACAGCUGGCGCCCAAUGUCCACGUUGUGGCCGGAGACUGUGAUCAAGAAGGAAUGUACCCGGAUACGAAGGUCGUCACGAUUGGCCAAUUCCGGAUCGGGCUCUGUCACGGACACCAAAUUAUCCCGUGGGGCGACCAGCACAGCCUCGCGGCUCUGCAGCGAAAGAUGAACGUCGACAUCCUUAUCACCGGCCAUACCCACACGCCCCACGUCCGGACGGAACAAGGCAAGUGGUUUGUAAAUCCUGGAUCGAUUACAGGCGCGUUCAGCAGCCGUACGAGAGAUGUGGUCCCGAGUUUUAUACUCAUGGCAUUGCAGGGGCCGAAAGUCGUGGCUUUCUUAUAUGAGCUGAAGGAUGGAGGCGUGAUCGUCUCAAAGAGCGAGUUUACCAAGGAAUCGUUGUGA